AUGCAGCAAUUUUAUGUGCCUAAGAAGGUUGAGGUUCCCGUCAUUUCCCCACCAAGGGCUAGGCCUCAAUUGGUCAUCACAAUCGGCUCCAUGGAAGCUCCUAUUUCUAAUCAUAAUGGGCCGAUUGUAAUUGAAGAAAUUCUAGCACCCAAGCAAGAUGAACCUCUUAAAGAAGUUGCUGGAGUUGAAGAGAAGAAACACGCCGAAGGAGAUUCCAACUACCGGUAG